AUGGACGGCCUCCUGCUCAACACCGAAGACAUCUACACAUUAUGCGCCGACAACGUCCUUCUCAAAUACGGCCGUCCGCGGCUACCCUGGUCUGUGAAGGCUCAACUUAUGGGGGUUCCUGGAAGCUCAACCGGCGACGUCUUUCACCAAUGGGCCCAGCUGCCUGUUUCCAGGGAACAGUACGCGAGAGAACAGAGUGAACAACAGCAGAUCCAUUUUGCUCAAUGUUUACCGUUGCCUGGCGCCGAGAAGCUCCUCCAGGAUCUGAACAAGGCUAGAACGACUACUGGCCUGCCUGUGGAGAUAGCUCUGGCCACCAGCACCGGGAAGCUUAAUUACAGCCGCAAAGUGGUGAGGCCGGAGACGAAGAGGCUGUUGGAUUGGAUCCCUGCAGAACACCGUGUGCUGGGCGACGAUCCACGUGUCCAGAAAGGCCGGGGCAAACCAGCACCCGAUAUCUAUCUGUGUGCAUUGCAAGUACUCAACUCCAGGCUCCCGAAAGGACCACCUCCAAUCGCACCUGAAGAAUGCUUGGUCUUCGAAGAUAGCGUGCCAGGCGUCGAGGCGGGGCGCAGAGCCGGCAUGAGAGUGGCAUGGGUCCCUCACCCAGGUCUGUAUGCCGAAUUUAGAGGACGGGAGAUGGAGGUGCUCGCCGGCAGGACUGGUCUUGUAAAGAUUGGCAAUGAAGACCAGCUGGGUGAGGUUGAUGAUGGGUGGGGAGAGUGCCUGACCAGUUUGGAAGACUUUCCAUACGCAAGGUUUGGCAUCGAGGUAUCUACUGGGUGA